GUAAAGGAGAGGAAGACCGAGAGGAGCAGAGGGGAGAGGAAGAGGGGGAGUGGAUCUGACUGAGGAACAGCCACUAUCUCUCUCCUCCAGUCUUUCUGGUCUCGCUUCUGUCUCUCCCCUCCAUCUCCCUCUCUGUCUCCUCACAUCCUCCCGCUAUGAUGCUGAGGAGAGACCGUCUGCUCCUGUCUGUGACCCUCACAGCCAUCUUCACUGCUGACCUCUACUUCGUCCUGCUCCCCAAGCUCCGCCACAGACAACCAGGACCAGGUGAUGGAGGCUGCAUUUGUCCCUCCUCCAGGGGGACUAACUUCACCAUUGCUGGGUACAGCGGCCUCACCACCCCCUGGCCCUCCAACACCACCUCAAUGGACCUCCAGGGGAUGGAGGUCAGAGCUACGGACAACCCUACAGAUUGGGGCUCGAAGCUGGGGAGGCUGUUUGCUCACCCCCUGUAUAACAUCCAGACACCGGAGCUGGUGCUAGAAGAGAGGCUGUUACAGUCUGAAGAGGUAAUGGGGUAUUACAGGAGGAAGGUUUCGCGCUGGGAGAGGCAUAUGAAGCUGUACAGCGAGGCAGCAACGUUGCUGGAACACCAAGCGACCUUUGACCCUGAGGCCAGCUGGCUGAAGUUCCACCUGGGUAUUAAUCGCUACGCUCUGUAUGCCCGCGAGGACCCCACAAUCACCCGCCUGCUGAAGGACAUGCAGUCCACCACCGUCAUCAGCGCAGAUUACACUCAAGACGAAAAGGCCCUCAAAGGAGCGUGUGACUGUACCCGGGUGGUGAAGCCCAGUGGAUACCACCUCAAGCUGGCCCUGAAGAUGCAGAACUUUGGCAAGGCCAUGUUCAAACCCAUGAGACAGCAGAGAGACCAGGAGACUCCUGAUGAUUUGUUCUACUUUGUUGACUUCCAGAGACACAAUGCUGAGAUUGCUGCCUUUCACCUGGACAGAAUCCUGGACUUCCGGAGGGUACCACCAGUGGUUGGCAGGCUGGUGAAUUUGACAGGGGAGAUUCUCCUGACCACUCACAAUGAGGACCUAAGGAGUGUGUUCUUUACCUCACCAGCGAACAACACGUGUUUCUUUGCUAAGUGUCUGUACGUGUGUAAGACGGAGUAUGCAGUGUGUGGGAGCCCUGACCUGCUGGAGGGCUCCAUGUCAGCCUACCUCCCCGGUCUCAGCAUCGCCCCUCGCAUCUCCAUCCCCAACCCGUGGAUACGAUCAUACACCUUCACCGGCAGGGAGGAGUGGGAGGUGAACCCCUUAUACUGUGACACCAUAAAGCAGCUGUAUCCCUACAACUCAGGGAACCGACUGCUCAACAUCAUAGACAUGGCCAUCUUUGACUUCCUUAUUGGUAACAUGGACAGGCACCAUUAUGAGAUCUUCACCAAGUUUGGAGAUGAAGGUUUUCUUCUUCACUUUGACAACGCCAGAGGGUUUGGGAAGCAUUCUCAAGAUGAGAUGUCCAUACUGGCUCCACUGUCACAGUGCUGCAUUAUAAAGCGUUCCACGUUACUGCGGCUGCAGCUCCUCUCCCAGGACCGCUACAGGCUCAGUGACGUGAUGAGGGAGUCCCUGGGAGGAGACGCACUGCAGCCGGUCCUUACUGAGCCCCACCUGCAGGCCCUGGACCGCCGGCUGCAGCGUGUUCUGAAGACAGUCCACAGGUGUGUCCGCAGGCUGGGAGAGGCUCAGGUGAUCACCACAGACUUUGUUGAUACCUCCGCCAUGCCUGAGUCUGUCAAACCAGUGUCUGCGCCCAACAAGGAGAGGUAACUAAGGUUAACAAGGAAUUCAAAAGAAGUGCACUAUAAUAAGGGAAUAGGGUGACAUUUUGGACGUAUCCCCAAGUCCUACAAGGUAACUUUAUACCAAGGGCAGCCUGAGGACCAUGAUGGCAGGUGACCUCGUCCUGUAAAAGCAGGAACCACAAGGUCUGGUCCCUCUCACAGUGUAAUGCAUUCCGAACUAGUCUUUGAAGUCAAACCUUUGGAAUGAUACGGUCUGCUUUGACAAUAGACAGCAGCACUGCUUUCCUGCACUGUCAAAAUGUCACACAUGGCCUUGGGCUAUGAGGUCACCUGAGGUCACCUUCCACCCUCUCUGGAGAUCCCCUCUGCCUUGCAGUGCAUUGAAAUGGACCUACAGUAUCAGUGCAUCAAAGGAGCCUAGUGACUGUGGAAGAAGCACUGGAUAAUUUAAGAUGAUUUCUGCCUUUUCACGAUUUCACACCUUUCUUCAGUACUCAACAGUCAUGUGACUGUUAUUUCAAUUCUAUGUAAGGAUGAUUCCACAUCGGUUCUGUGAAGUAACCUUGUGCCAACAGAUAUUUAAUCAAAUAUACAUUUGUAAAUAAAGUUUAUGAUUUUGGGUGAUUCAUUGAACAAAAUUCUAAUACGAAGAAAUGAUGACACUUCAAUACGCAUUAUAUUUCCACUGCUUUCUGUUGUGUAACUGUUUUGAUUGAUCUGGAUUCACAUUAGACAUACAUAGUGAAAGUUAAAAGGAAAGAGAAACCGAGAGAACGUGCAUGGAUGAAAAAGAAAGUGUGUGUAUGAGGUGUUUCUUCCUACAGGAAAGUGUUACCUAUUAAACCUUCAUAUAAACGGCC